UUACAAUUAUUGGAGUUUUUACGGUUCAACCGUUCUGUUCAAAGAGAACAUUACGUGUCUUUACGUGUUUACGUAUGCGGAAGCUACGGUCGGAAAACGAGCGAUUCAGUAAAGGGGAUCUGAAGGCUGGACUGAGUACAGCUCUGCGUGUAAAAUAUUAUUUUUUUACCGUCUUCAGCACGACGGGGUGGUGAUGGAUGAUAGAGGGGGACGGAGGAGGGAUGAAAGUAUAAUGAACGACACCGAGAAAGAGGGGAGAAUGGCUACAGAACCGGGAGAGCUUCAAAUGGCCCCCUCUGUGAACCACGACCAGCAUGACAUCGGCACCGGCGACGAGCUGGUGAGCUCGGUGACUCUGUACAGGCGACGGCCCCGACUGCUACACGGCACUAUCUUACCGUUCCUGACUGUCCUAUACCCAGGCUGGCUGUACGUAUGGUUAGGGGUGUACGGUGCCUCGGAGUACCCGGAGGCAGGCCUCCUAGCGCUGGCUGCUAUCGGGAUCGCGCACGUCCUCACAGCUCUUUCUGGAUAUUGGUCGGUACACGCGCACUGUUGGCUAACUUGUUCUAAGGAACCAGACCCAAACAAGGCUAUGUUGGCAAAGGUCAUACCCACCCCAAACAAUGGCUUUGCUGAGCUCGUGGCACUACAGAGGGAUCAGGAUGACAACGGGGAAAGCAUUCUAUCUUUUGAGUUUCAAAAGAUACGCUAUAUAUUUGACCACAAAGAGAAGAAACAUUUCUUUCCAAUAGCAUUUCCCAUAAACCACCCUAUGGGCCACUUUCAGUCUUGCCGUGGGUAUCAGGAGGAGGCUGAACUCAGGGCUGCAGAAAAGUGCUACGGCACCAAUCGUGCUGAGAUGGUGGUGCCAGAUUUCCUGGAGCUCUUCAGAGAGAGGGCCACGGCUCCCUUUUUUGUUUUCCAGGUGUUCUGUGUGGGGCUUUGGUGUCUGGACGAGUACUGGUACUACAGCGUUUUCACACUUUUCAUGCUGGUGGCAUUCGAGGCCUCCCUCGUCCAGCAGCAAAUGAGGAAUAUGUCUGAGAUCCGACGCAUGGGAAACAAGCCUUACAUGAUCCAGGUAUAUCGCAACAGGAAGUGGAGACCAAUUUCAAGUGAUGAGCUUGUCCCUGGUGACAUCGUCUCAAUAGGACGUUCACCCCAGGACAAUUUGGUGCCUUGCGAUGUGCUGCUACUCAGGGGCCGGUGCAUUGUAGAUGAGGCCAUGCUCACCGGAGAGUCUGUGCCCCAGAUGAAGGAGCCAGUAGAGGACUUGGACUCAGAUCGAAUUCUGGACCUUCAAACAGACUCUAGACUCCACAUCAUAUCUGGGGGGACAAAAGUGGUCCAACAUAGUCCUCCUUUAAAGGCCAGUGCUGGACUCAAACCUGUAGACAACGGCUGUGUGGCUUAUGUACUGAGAACAGGAUUCUACACCUCUCAGGGUAAGCUGUUACGGACAAUCCUCUUUGGUGUGAAGAGAGUGACGGCAAAUAACCUUGAGACUUUCAUCUUCAUCCUGUUCCUCCUUGUGUUUGCCAUUGCUGCAGCUGUGUAUGUCUGGGUUGAAGGAACCAAAGAUGCUAGCAGGAACCGCUACAAGUUGUUUCUGGAGUGCACAUUAAUCCUCACCUCGGUGGUUCCACCAGAACUCCCCAUCGAGCUUUCUCUGGCAGUUAACACAUCUCUUAUCGCCCUGGCUAAACUAUAUGUAUUCUGUACAGAGCCCUUCAGGAUACCAUUUGCAGGGAAAGUUGAGGUUUGCUGUUUUGACAAAACAGGAACACUGACCAGUGACAGUUUGGUGGUACGAGGAGUGGCAGGUCUCAGAGAAGGAAAGGAGGUGAUGCCUGUAACUGAGAUCCCAGUUGAGACACAUCGAGUGGUGGCCACCUGUCACUCACUGGUCACUCUGGAUGAUGGACAGCUUGUUGGAGAUCCCUUGGAGAAGGCCAUGCUGACUGCUGCUGAUUGGACCCUUACUAAAGAUGAAAAGGUAUUCCCAAGAGGCAUCAAAACCCCGGGACUAAAGAUCCACCAGCGCUUCCAUUUUGCCAGUGCUCUGAAGAGGAUGUCUGUCCUGGCUUCCUAUGAGAAACUUGGCUCCUCUGAACUCUGCUACAUCUCAACUGUAAAGGGAGCUCCAGAGACACUCAGAGGAAUGUUUUCAGAAUUUCCGGCGAGUUAUGAUGAAGUCCACAAAGAAAUGUCACGGGAAGGGGCUAGAGUGCUGGCCUUGGGUUACAAAGAGAUUGGACACCUCAGUCAUCAACAGGUCCGGGAGAUGAGUCGAGAUUCUCUGGAGUGUGAUUUGCAUUUUGCUGGGUUCAUGGUUGUGUCCUGUCCUCUCAAAAGUGACAGCAAGGCAGUCAUCAGAGAAAUCCAGGAAGCGUCUCAUCAUGUGGUGAUGAUCACAGGGGAUAACCCUCUAACAGCAUGCCAUGUAGCAAGAGAGCUCCACUUCAUCCAGAAAGAGCACACUCUCAUUUUACAGCCAAGUCCCAAUCAGGCUGAGUGGCAGUGGGAGUCCAUUGAUGGCACUGUUCAUGUCCCACUGCCCCCUCCGAGUGUUUCCUCAUUUGUGGACCAGUUUGACCUGUGUGUAACAGGAGAGGGUUUGGCCAGACUGAGCUGCGACCCCCAGCUACUCAGCAGCCUCUUACCUCACAUAAUAGUGUUUGCCCGUGUCAGUCCAAAACAGAAGGAAUCUGUCAUCACAAGUCUAAAAGGGCUUGGUUAUGUGACAUUGAUGUGUGGUGAUGGCACAAAUGACGUUGGAGCUCUUAAACAUGCCCACAUAGGUGUUGCUUUGUUAGCCAACGCCCCUGAGCGUAUGCCUGACAGAAAGAAACGUGGGAGGGAAAAAGAGGUGUCUAUACCAGAACCCAGACCCUUGCCACCAGUCAGUUCUGGAGGUAAACUGAGUUCGAGGGCAGCCAGGCAGAGGGUUAUGGCCCAGAGAGAGGAGCAGCUUGCAGCACAAAAGGAGAGGAUCAGUCAAGUAUUACGGGAACUAGAAGAAGAUCAGGUACAAGUAGUGAAACUUGGUGAUGCCUCCAUUGCUGCCCCUUUCACCUCCAAACUCUCCUCUAUACAGUGCAUCUGCCAUGUAAUAAAGCAAGGCCGUUGCACUCUGGUGACAACACUCCAGAUGUUUAAGAUCCUCGCUCUCAAUGCCCUGGUGCUGGCCUACAGCCAGUCUGUACUCUACCUCGAGGGGGUCAAGUUUAGUGAUUUCCAGGCGACUUUGCAGGGACUGCUCUUGGCAGGAUGCUUCCUCUUCAUCUCUAGAUCAAAGCCACUGAAAACAUUGUCUCAAGAGCGGCCCUUACCAAACAUCUUCAAUCUUUAUACGGUUUUGACCGUGCUGCUGCAGUUUGCUGUUCACUUCUGCAGUCUGGUCUACCUUUACAAAGAAGCACAAAGCAGAAGUCCGCCAAGAGAGGAAAUGUUUGCAGAUCUAUAUAAAGACUUUGAACCCAGUCUAAUCAACAGCACGGUCUAUAUUAUGUCCAUGGCCAUGCAGAUGGCCACCUUUGCGAUUAACUACAAGGGUCAUCCCUUCAUGGAGUCACUCAGCGAGAAUCGACCUCUACUAUGGAGCAUUGCUCUGUCAGGUUUAGCCAUUGUAGGACUACUUACUGGUUCCUCACCAGAAUUCAACGAACAGUUUGCUCUCGUAGAUAUUCCAACAGAGUUCAAACUGAUCAUUGCCCAAGUUCUGGUGGUGGACUUUGUCUCCGCUCUGCUGGUGGACCGAGUCCUGCAGUUCUUGCUAGGAAAAGGAACUCUCAGGCUGCCUUCUUGAACUCAGUGCCAACAAGAACCACGGCCCUUACCAACCAAACAUUAAAGGGAGAGAAGACUAUGGCGGAUGAAGAGGGUUAAAUCUGCUGUGGCAUACUCAAAGCUUCAGACAGUCAUGGCGUGCAGUACUUUACACUCUGUGUAUCCCUUCCUUCAUCCUGCUCUAACCCUCCUUAACAAUCUGUGAUUCUACUCUGUUUUCAGAUUUUUUUUCUUUAUAGCUCAUUAUUUUCUACUUUCCAAUCUCUCUCUUUCUUCAUCCGUUUCUCCCCCCGAUACACACAGCCAUGAAGACAGCAGUAUUGACUGGAGUGCGAGACUGUGUGCGAGCCAGACUGAAACAUAGAGGCACACAAAGAGGACAUUCUCUAAGAGAAUUGCAAAAGUGUUUUGAUGUUUUUGAUUCCUCACCUUGAUUUUGUAAAAAGUGGAAAAAAAAACUCUAACAGACUUAUAAAGACUUACAGAAACAAA